AUGCCAUGGCCACGUAUGCCUGUUAACGGACCGCUGCAUCCCAGGGCCACCUUUGCACCUAUGCCUGUGACCUUGCGUUUUCUGGGCCAGCGUCCGUGUUGCACUGCACGUCUGGCACUAGCUGCCACGAGGGGUUUCCGCAAUGACCGGGACGCAGCUGGACAUCGUGUACAUGCGGCUCGGCUCGGCUCAUUGGCGUCGUUCGUUGAUGAAGUUGCGAAACGCAUACUUCAUGUACAUCUAUGA